UAGGUGACUCGCUUUUGGGAAGCUGACUUUUUAAAAGCACGGCCAGACCAUGCUAUGACGACUUCCCUGAUCCUGCAUCCUCACUGGGCGGACACCUUGAUGUACGUGUAUGAAACGAGCCCGAAUGAAAAGAAUCUCAAGAAAAGCCCAGACAUGGAGGGACUGAGUGGGAACUGUUCGAGCACUCACUGCAGGGAUUUUAUCUCUCACCCAGCACUGGGGCGCCAUUCCAGCACCAUCGGAACCCAUCAAGGACCUGUGUAUACGGAUAUUACCUCUCCGGAGGCUGGCAGGCAAUGCUCGGGGGCCACGUCUUCUUCCAAUGCCUCUCUAGGCUAUGCCUACCCCUUUGGAAGCAGCUACUACGGCUGCAGGUUGUCUCAGUCUCACAACGUCAAUUUGCACCAGAAGCCCUGCUCUUACCACCCCAACGAGAAAUACCCCGAGCCCAGCAACUCCAUACCCAGCGAAGACUUCUCCUCCAGGGCCAAAGAGUUUGCCUUUUACCCCAGCUUUGCCAGCUCGUACCAGGCGGUCCCUGGCUACUUGGACAUGUCAGUAGUCCCCGGGAUCACUAGCCAUCCAGAGCCCAGGCAUGACACUCUCCUAUCUAUGGAGGGCUACCAGCACUGGGCACUGCCAAACGGCUGGGAUGGCCAAGUCUACUGCUCCAAGGAUCAAAGCCAGUCCAGCCAUUUGUGGAAAGCACCUUUCCCAGAUGUGGUGCCUCUACAGCCAGAGGUUAGCAGCUACCGCAGAGGCAGGAAAAAGAGGGUCCCCUACACCAAAAUCCAGCUGAAGGAACUAGAAAAGGAAUAUGCAGCCAGCAAAUUCAUAACCAAAGAGAAGAGACGAAGGAUCUCCACAGCCACCAGUCUGUCUGAGCGGCAGGUCACAAUAUGGUUUCAGAAUCGAAGAGUUAAAGAAAAAAAAGUGAUCACGAAAUGCAAAUCCUCUCACCUUCACAAUACCUGACACUAGGGGGAGCCUAGGAAGCCCCCCCAACCCCAACCCCCAAUAAAUAUUUAUCUCAUUCCCACGUAUAAGACAUUUCUCCAAGUGAACUAUGGAUUAUUUAAUAUAGGAAUGGAAUGCAAGUGACAGAAUCUAUCAAUGAUCCCAUCACCCCAAGUGUCCACCCUUCUCCAUUCACCCCCAACUGUGAAUACACCGGGGUCUGAUGCUCUGUAGGCUCCAUCCCUACAUAAACGCAUAUAUAAUAUAUAUAUUUAAAACAAUCAGCGCUUAA